GUCGCGCAGUUUAUUAGAGGGGAAAGAGCAGAGGACGGAAAGAGGAAAAAAUUAAAUAAAUAGUGAUCCGAUCGACAAGACGACGCGAGCGAGACGGACGCGGCGCACAAAUACGACGUGACCGAUCGGCCGGCCGUUUCUCGAGUAAUAAUACUUAAUACGAAUAUUAAAAAACGAAAAACGGGCCGCGGCAGUGACCUUUUUUUCCGCGCAAAUUUAUCCGUUCGAUUUUUUUUUUUUUACAUUACCUAACUACGUUUUUGCGCGUUCGACCUCUAUCGUGUUGCAAAAUUCAAGAUCGUGAUCCACCUGCGUAGGUGCCUAUAUUUGUAUACCUACUAUACUCAUACGUAAUUUUUCCGUUGGUAUAAAAAAAAAAAAAGUUGUUUUUCGAGCUUUUGGAUUACGAAAACCACGGAGAUACCGCCGUGUUUGGCAGGUCGGGUCACCCCGUAACAAUAUUUUGGCCUUUGAUCGGCCGCUGGUCGCCGAAGACAUAAUAAUAUUAUCCUCGACGACGAGUCACCCGCUAAUCGCCCGUUCGCCUACCGCGUACUCACCGGCGGUAUGCGGACGCCGUGCGAAGCGGGCACUGGCGUCCGGCGCGACGGACCCUGACCCGGCGGUACCCUGCCCGGUACCACCCAGCAAUGGCCUAAAGUCAUGGUGAAACGGUCGCACUGCAACAGCAGCAACAGCGGUGGCGGCCACCGGCGGAGUGUUGUGGUGACGGUCAGCGUAUUGGCGUUGUACGCCGUGUUGUGCGGUGGCGCGGUGUCGGGCACGUCACUCGGGGACCGGACCGCGUAUUACGGAGUCGCGGUGGCCGCGGAACGGGUAGACGACGCGGCAGUGGUGGCCGCGGUCGCGGGCUCGACAGCCAGGAACGGCAGGUCGGCGACUAACCUGUCGCACAUAACAGGCACCGCCAGGAAAAUCAAAAUGUUCAUCAAAAACAGAUACCUGCAGGUGUUCCCGGACGGCACGGUGAACAGCACGGCCGAGGAUACGAACGAUUAUGUUAUCCUGCAAAGAACUUCGGUGAACAUGGGGCAACUAAACAUCCAAGGCGUAGCGACUUGUAUGUACUUGUGCAUGGACGCAUGUGGCUUACUUUAUGGCUCGAAGGAUUUCGAGGACGAAUGCGUGUUCAACGAGAUGAUCGAACAAAACCAUUACAACACGUACUCGUCGGUCAAGUACACGAACGACCGACGCACCCUUUAUCUGGCGCUCAACAAGCGGGGCGCGCCGCGCAAGGUACAGAUAAAAGCGGACGCGCCGCUUGGCAAGCUGUCCACGUAUACGCGGGUGCUGACGCAACCGGUGCCGGCGGAACGGGUGGAACGGCUGUUGGCCAACCGGCGACCGUUUCAGUCGGCCGAGUGGCCGGCGUCCAUACCGCACGCGCACCGUCACCAACACGCUUGUCCGCCGCACGUGGGACCGCCGCACGCCACCGCCAAGCACCGCAAGUCCCAAGGCCGUAAAUGUCAAGUCAAAGGCGGCGGCGGCGGUCGAAAGAAGAACAAGGACGACGGGAACAGGGACAGCGGCAGCAGAGAGGACGAAGACUGCGGAGGAGGCGGAAACAAGAAGAAGAACAACAACCGGUGUGGCGACGGUGGCGACGAGACCAAUCACCGGAAGGUGGACGCCGCUGGCCGGAAAAAGAAAUCGAAAAAACCCACGACCGGCGGCGGUAAAGGCGGCAAAGGCGAUAAACCGCAACGGCAGCACGGCGCAAAGGCCGGGAAAAAAUCGGAGACGGACGCUCCGCCGCCGGGACCCGCGGUCGCGGUCCAGCCCGCGGUUACCACGGUUGUCGCCCCGUCGUCGAUCGUCGACGCGGACGGCGGUGGCGGUGGCGGCGAAGAUGACGACGACGACGACGACGCGGCCGCGGCUUUGGCGGCCACGGCUCCGACAGACGAGUUCCUACAUUUUAACGACAAUUAACCGUAAUAAUAAUAAUAGCAAUAAUAAUAAUGACGACGACUGAUGAUACGAUAAUACAUAAUAUUACACGCACAUUAAAAUAAUAUAUUAUUGUUAUUACUAUUAUUGUCAUAUUAUAUUUA